CAUUCAUGUUCUUAAACAAUAACAUGUUCCUUGGAUCAGUUCCACGGACAAUCGGUAGUACCAACUCUAUGAUUGAGAUUGAUAUUUCAGAGAACCGCCUAGAGGGAGAUCUUAGCUUCUUAUCCAGUUUUUCCAAUUUUAGAAAGCUCCGGUUUAUUCACAUCUCUUCAAAUAAUUUCACCGAGGGCAUUCCUAACUAUGUGGGGAACCUAUCGAGCCAUCUGCAGAUUUUCGGUGCGUCUGAGAACAAUUUUGUCGGUGAACUUCCGGAUACGAUUUCGAACCUCACGGGUCUUGAAUUGCUAGAUUUUUCGGAUAAUCGAUUAGAUAGCAAGAUUCCAGAAUCCAUCAUGAUGAUGGAGAAUCUCCAGUGGCUUGACCUCGACGGAAAUCACUUGUUUGGGUCCAUCCCACCUCAGAUUGCAAUGCUCAAGAAUAUAGGAAAUCUGUUCCUUUCCAACAAUAAAUUGUCUGGUUCAAUACCGGAGGGGAUUGGUAACCUGACCAAAUUAGAAUACAUGGCAUUGUUUGCCACCCAGUUAUCAUCAAUUAUCCCAUCGAGUUUAUUUCAUCUUAAUAGUCUCAUUCUGCUAGAUGUUUCUCAAAACUUUUUGACUGGCACAUUACCAGUUGAUAUGGGCUAUUUGAAGCAAAUUGACAGCAUGGACCUCUCUGCCAACCUCUUGGUUGGUAGCAUCCCAUAUUCGAUUGGACAACUCGAAAUGAUAGCCUAUCUGAACCUGUCACACAAUUCAUUUAAUGAUUCACUUCCAGAAUCUUUCAACAAGCUAACUAGCUUGCAAACUUUGGACCUAUCACAUAACAGUCUCUCUGGUACAAUACCAAAGUACCUAGUCAAUUUCACCAUCCUGACCAGCUUGAACCUGUCUUUCAACAAGCUACCAGGUCAAGUACCAGAAGGUGGUGUCUUCUCAAAUAUUAGCCAACAAUCCUUGACGGGGAAUUCAGGGCUUUGUGGUGCUUCACAUUUAGGAUUUCCAAUGUGCCCAAGUAACUCUAAAAGAACUAAUAAUGGCUUCAUGCUGAAAAUUUGGCUGCCUACUAUCAUCAUAGCAAUUGGACUUGUAGCUUUCUGCAUAUAUGUAAUGCUCAGAAAGAGGAUUAAGAAGCGGCUAGGGAUGUCAGCUUCUCCCGGUAUGGUUGACAUGCUCACCCAUCACCUGGUCUCGUACCAUGAGCUUGUUCGAGCAACUGAUAAUUUUAGUGAGAGCAACCUGCUAGGGUCUGGAAGUUUUGGAAAAGUUUUCAAGGGUCGGCUAAGCAACGGCUUGAUUGUUGCAAUCAAAGUACUAGAUAUGAAGCUAGAACAAGCGAUGAGAAUCUUUGAUACAGAGUGUGGUGUACUACGGAUGGCACGACACCGCAAUCUAAUGAGGAUACUCAAUACCUGUUCCAACUUGGAAUUUAGGGCAUUGGUGCUUCAAUACAUGCCCAAUGGCAGCUUAGAGAUGCUCCUGCACAACUCGCAAGGUACAACACCAUUGGGAUUCAGUGAGAGACUAGGCAUCAUGCUCAAUGUGUCAUUGGCAAUGGAGUAUCUACACCAUGAACACUACGAGGUGGUUCUGCACUGUGACUUGAACUCUAGCAAUGUGUUGUUCGAUGAGGACAUGACAGCACAUGUGGCAGACUUUGGCAUUGCAAAGUUGUUACUAGGUGAUAACAGCUCUACGAUCACUGCGAGCAUGCCUGGAACUGUUGGCUACAUGGCACCAGAGUAUGGGGCUCAGGGAAAAGCUUCACGAAAAAGUGAUGUAUUCAGCUUUGGAAUCAUGCUCUUUGAAGUCUUCACUGGAAAGAGACCCAUAGAUGCGUUUUUUGUCGGAGAUAUAAGCCUGAGGCAGUGGGUUGUUGAGGCGUUUCCGGCAGAACUUGUCCGUGUUGUGGAUGAUCAGCUACUACAAGGGUCUUUUAGCUGCAGCAUGGAAGGCUUUCUUGUGCCGAUAUUUGAGUUGGGUUUGGCAUGCACUAGCGACUCUCCUGACCAAAGGAUGACAAUGAGCGAUGUGGUUGUGAAGCUGAAGAAGAUCCAAGUGGCCUACAAUAAAUCGAUAGCGGCCGCACGGAAUGAAGCCAGUCAUUGAUCAACAUUGCUUGAUUCGUUCUGCUAUAUAUCAGAAUAAAGAGCGAAAACCAUGCAACCAAAUUUAAGAUGUCAAAAAGCUAUGAUGCAGCUGUUAAGAUAUGCCACAGGAAUAUACUAGAACCUUCUAGAUCCUAUCACUGUACAUGGUUUGGUUGAGAUAAACCUUAACCGUUUUCCAUGUAAUCCCUAGUAUUCCUUGUGUAUCAAGUCCAAUAACCCCCGGAUGUAAUUUCCAGCUUGUAUGUUAUUACACCAUAAGCACCGCAAUAUAAAUACAUUGUACGCGCCGUCCUGUGAGGCGUGAGACGCUUCCUGAAAUCCUACAUGGUAUUAAAGCAUAGGUUCUUCCUCUUCCAUCCAGCGAUCACUACCCCGAUCUGCACCCACGGCCACCACAUCAACUGCUGCUGGGGCUGCCCUAAGCACGACACCCUAAGUGACAAAUAAAACUAUUAUUCCGGAAGGUACGGUUCAACCAAAGU